UGGCGGGCGCGCGCUUUCGCCCACCCGGGGUUGACCCCGAAGGCGCGCGCGCGCGGGUAGGUGGGAAUGGGCAGGAAAGGGGCGCGCGCCCCGAAGAGGGAGAGCCAGACGUUGGGGAGGGGCCGCUUUCUACCCUCCUCCCACUUUGCCCCCAAAAGACAGACUCUAACCCUCUCCAGACCCAGUACCACUUUCCUCAGCCAUCAGUGUCACUCUGAGAUAAAGGGCGACCACCGGGGUUGGUUUCAGCCUUGGCCCCAUCCUCACUGAUUCCUGGCCCAGGUCGGUUGUCAUGGUAACCCCUCCCCAGCCUAGAACACCCCCAGGCUCCUUUCCCCUACACUUUUGUGUCUAUGGAGUCCCAAACCUCUCCUGUCCCUGCACCAGGAGGAGGUUACUAAGGCAACCUAGGUCCCUGGUGGUCCUUCUGCCCCUACCCUCAUUGGUUACUAUGGCAACCCUACCUAGCACUCAGGUAGAAAGAACUCCAGCCCCAAGGACACUAAUUAUUGAAGGAAACACCUCUUCCCCAAUCCAUCCCCCCAGCCACCCAGUUGGCAUUACCAUGGUAACCAUCUCCCCUCCUUUCCAAUGGUGGGAGGUCCAUGGACCAAACCAACCAGGUAUUUUUAUUUAGAGAAGAUGCUCUGCUGAGGAGUGGUUGCUAUGGUUACAGGGCCUGACCAUCCCUAGGAAGGUGAGACACAGGCAAGGCCAAGCCCUGGUUACUAUGGUAACUGCGGCAGUCCCCCCCUCCAGUGCCCCUAAAACCAGACCCACAAAGGUAAGGGGAUGGUUUCAGAUUGUCCCUCAGGAUGGAGUGUGUCUAGGGAAGUGGUUGUCAUGGUAAUAGCUUCUGUCACUUCUAGCCCUACCUUUCUGGACACAGUCAUGAGAGAGAGAUGGUUAUAGGUUGCUAUAACUGACAUCCUUCCCACCCAUUCCUGAGAUGCUCCAGGUAGUGUCUGAAUUAAUGGGACUUGAAGAAAAGUGAUUCCCUGGCCCCAUUGCCACUUUUGUAGGUAAGAUGAAAUUGUGUUCUACUAUGCAAAGUUGGCCGAUUUGGGGUUUGUGGUUCUCUUUCCUCAGCAGUGCAGCUGAGCUGGACUGAAACUGUCCCCCUGGUGCUCCCCCAGCCUGCAACGUAGGAGGAUGUCCCGGAGGCCCAGCUAGGGCCUGAGCUUGGCCCCAUGAGGCUCACCCGCUGCCAGGCUGCCCUGGCAGUCGCCAUUAUCGUCAACCUCCUGGUCCUCUUCUAUGUCUCGUGGCUGCAGCAACGGCCCAGGAACUCCCGGCCACGGGGCCUCCGCCGCGGGUCUGCUGCCGGCCCCCAUGUUACCAUCCUGGUGCGGGAGUUCGAGGCCUUUGACAAUGCGGUGCCCGAGCUGGUGGACUCUUUCCUGCAGCAGGACCCAGCACAGCCGGUGGUGGUGGCAGCGGACAUACUCCCCUACCCGCCCUUGGCCCUGCCCCGUGUCCCCAAUGUUCGCCUGGCACUGCUCCAGCCCUCCCUGGACCAGCCUGCCGCGGCCUCGCGCCCGGAGACCUAUGUGACCACGGAGUACGUGGCCCUGGUGCCUGACGGGGCGAGGGCUGAGACACCAGGCCAGCUGGAGCACAUGGUGGAAGCGCUCCGCGGGGGAAGCGCCCGCUUGGUGGCUGCCCCUGUUGCAUCAGCCAACCCUGUCCGGUGCCUGGCCCUGAACGUCAGCCUGAGGGAGUGGACAGCACACUAUGGCCCGGCCCCUUCUGCACAGCGCUGCGACGCCUUGGAAGGGGACGCUGUGGUUCUCCUACGCUCAAGAGACCUCUUCAACCUCUCGGUGCCCCUGGCCAGGCCAGUAGCAACCAGCCUCUUCCUGCAGACAGCCCUACGUGGCUGGGCGGUGCAACUGCUGGACUUGAUCCCCAUAGCCCACCAGCCCCCCCUGACCACAGCCCAUGCUCGCUGGAAGGCGGAGCGCGAGGGGCGCGCGCCAGCUGCGCUGCUGCGGGCGCUGGGCAUCCGCCUGGUGAGCAAAGAGGGCGGGCGCCUUGAGUGGUUCUGUUGCAGUAAAGAGGACAACCGUUGCUUUGGGACCGUGGUGGGUGACACACCUGCCUACCUGUACGAGGGGCGCUGGACACCCCCAUGCUGCCUGCGUGCACUGCGUGAGACAGCCCGCUAUGUGGUGGGCGUGCUGGAAGCGGCCGGAGUGCGCUAUUGGCUGGAAGGCGGCUCCCUGCUGGGGGCUGCCCGCCACGGGGAUAUCAUCCCAUGGGACUACGACGUGGACCUGGGCAUCUACCUGGAGGACGUGGGCAACUGCGAGCAGUUACGGGGGGCCGAGGCCGGCUCAGUUGUGGACGAGCGUGGCUUUGUGUGGGAGAAGGCCAUAGAGGGUGACUUUUUCCGCGUGCAGUACAGUGAGAGCAACCACCUGCACGUGGACCUGUGGCCCUUUUACCCCCGCAAUGGGGUCAUGACCAAGGACACAUGGCUGGACCACCGACAGGAUGUUGAGUUCCCCGAACACUUCCUGCAGCCUCUUGUGCCCCUGCCCUUUGCCGGCUUCAUGGCGCAGGCGCCUAACAACUACCGCCGCUUUCUGGAGCUCAAAUUCGGCCCUGGAGUCAUUGAGAACCCCGAAUACCCCAACCCGGCCCUCCUGAGUUUGGCAGGAAGCGGCUGAAGCUUUGACUCACACUCCUGCCGAAAGGGGAAACUGUCCUUUGUUUCUGGUGCCACUGGCAUUUGGUAAAUGGGCUGGGGAUGCCAAGCGGUCCCACAGGGCCCAGCACAGUCCAGGACAUCCAUGUCAUGACGUGCCCAAGAUUUCCAGGAACCCUGGACUUCAGGGCUGGGACAGAGUUUUGGAAAGAGGGAGAAAGAUUGUAGGUUCUAAGGCCAAACUGCUGUGAUUCUAACCCUGGCUCUUCCACUUAACUAGUUAAGUGGCCCUGGGCGAGCCUCCUGGUUUCUCAGUUCCUCGUUGCCUCAUCCGCACCAGGAUUCAGUGAGUGCCCUCCCUAUAAGGCACAUAUAGAACCCCCAGGAUACUUGGCUGCUCGGGUUGCUUCUACCACUAGAGGGCGCCCUUGCCCUACUGUGGGGCCAAGGAGACUGUAAGCACAGACUACGGUUUCACAGCUUUUUUUGUCUCUUGAACCUUUGGUCUUCUCUCUAAGCCCCUGCGCCUGGCUGGACAGGAUAACUAGCUCCCUUUUUUUCCAGAACACGACUCCCUUCCCUCCUGGGAGAGCCCGGUGCGGUGCAUGCUGCUCUUAACCCCAUCUCGCAGAGGAGGAAACAGGCUCAGAGGUCUGAGGCACAUCUGUGGUUGGGAGUGAGGGUCUGGAUCCAGGCCCCGCCCCUUUCAAACUGUUACCUCGUUGUUUUGUCUCUCUGCUCCUAUUUCCCUGCUUGGAUGGUGGGGUCAACAAUAAUCACUGCUGACAUAUACUGAGCAUUUACUGUAUGCCAAGCACUGCUCCCAGUGUUCACACAGAUGAACUGAUUCAUCCCUGUCCUCAUUCCCUCCCAAGUGAGAGCUGCUAUUAUUUCCAUUUAACAGAUGAGGAAAAUGAGGCCAGGAUGGUCAAGUCCUCUACCCAAGGCCAGAGGGCGUAGGAAGUGGCAGAGUGGGAACUUCAACGCAGGCUGUCAGUCUGGAGCCCACAAUGACGAGGCCCCGGGUGCCCCUCUCCAGUACUGGUACCCAGACGGCCUCCUGUCACUGAGCAGGGGAAGCAAUGGCUGCCUUUUUUUCCUUUUUUUUUUUUUUUUUUUUUUUUGGUGAUAAUGCACCUAAGAAUAAAUACUGUUUGGGCAUUACCCCAAUAUGUGUAUUUAUCAAUGAUAUACAGGUACUACUAGCAUUCUGUAUGUUAGUAAUAAGGCUUAAAUUAUUUCAUUUUUAAAUUAAAAUCAAUAUAGAAGUUUUUGUGUACUUGUCUCAUCCCAACGGCUUGUCAUGUACACCCUCUGGGUUGCACACACCUGGUUGUUGAAACCACAGGCUCUGCAGUGGGAGACCUCGGUUCCCAUCCCAGCGCCGCGGCUUCCUUUCUCCGUGAACCAGGCUGAGGUGACUCUGCCUCUCUGCACCUCUGCCUUGCACCUGGGAAACGGGGUAACGAGCGCACUCGCCCCACCCGGGUGCUGUGAGGCACCACAGUGGUAAAGGGUGGGGAAUCAGGGCUGUGUUUGGAUUCUGGCUUGGCCACCUACUUCGUGACCUUAGGCAAGUCACAGCCCCUCGACCCUGUCGAGUAGGUGGGGGGAUGGAAAUGUGGAGCCCCUACAGAAGGGCCAGCAAGAAAAGACAAAUACAAGUUUGGCCCAAUCUCCUGAGCCUCAGAUGUCCAAAGCCUGACUUCUUAUAACACAGCCUCAGAUCUUAACGCACAAAAAGCUCCCAAAGAGACUGUGGGGCUCCCACUCAAGGAGCAUUCUGGGAACACGGUGAUGAUCUGGGCCACCCAUCACUUGUGGCUAGGCGGUGCUCUUGGCUCUUGGAAGGCACGGCCCAUAGAUGGUGGGUGUCUUGUAACACAUACAGGGCAUCACACAAUAGUGUCCCUUGUCCCACACCAUUUUCAAACUUCCCCUGGGACAUUCAUGAAGUGCAGGUGAUGCUUGAACUAUUUUGCAACUGAUAUGGUAAUAUAGAGUAAUAUAUAAAUCAGCAUAUGUAUCAGAUGUUUUAAAUGUUUCUUUUUAAUUCUAAGAAUAAUGAAAAUGAUCUAUCUAUAGAUUCAUAUUUCUUUAAGUUGUUUACCAAGAAUAUAAGUUAGAGCUCAACUCAUUCUUAAAUUAUUUAAUGAUUUUAUUUCAUUUAGAAAUUGGUAUGACUUCUUAAUUGACACAGCUAUGUAUAUGUAUAUGCAUGAAAUAACAUUUCAUAUAUAUAUAUGUAUCUUGCCUUAGCUGUAAUUUGAUAAGGGAACCAUAUCAAAUGUUUCUAGCAACUUCCCGUUAAAUUGCAAAUCAUUAGGUGAGUUAAGGUUUCAAUAGAUAAAGAAUUUCUUAGUAUCAA